AUGUUGUUAUUAACAAUAGUAAGCUUUAUUUCGUUAGCAAAUGAGAGAGUACUUUAGUACAAAGUUUUGAGAUCAACAACGAAUUAUUUAAAUUUGUUUGGUAUGUUCUUAAUUUGUUGUACCUUGUUAGUAAUGUUAUUGAAUUUGGUGUUCAUUAAGGUUCUUACACCAGAAAUAGUAUCUUCAAUAUCAUUUAAAAGGGGUUUUUAAUAUGAUUUAGGAUCAUCGUCAGGGAAAGAAGUAAUGUUAAGGAAAGAGAUUACAUCUUAAUAAACAAUUUUUGCUUGUGAAAGAAGAACUUUAGAAUCAUUAAGCAAGUCAUUUUUCCAUGUCAUUAAAUCAGUGUAAAUCUUGAUACCAAUAUUUUUCAAUUAAUCAGCAGUUUUAAGGGCAUCAUCUUUGAUUUUUAAAGCCAUGUCAACAGGUAAAUUUAAUAGAUUUACUGUUAAAUCGAUAGAAAUUCUCUUGACAUCUGAAGCCUUGAUGUUUUUAAUUUAUUCAGAUAAAUCUGUUAUGUUCUUUUUUACCAUCAUAACAUCUUAGUAAACUUCAGAACCAAAGCCAAUUAUGCUAUUAAGUUCAGCUUUGAUAUUUUCAAUUUUUUAUUAAUCUUCUGCACUUUCAGUGGAAUUUGUUUUUAAAGAUUCCAAUUAUGCAAUAAUAGUAUUCUUUGUAGUGUCAAGGGUUUACUUCAAACCAUCUUUAAGCUAGUUAAUGAGUUAAGUAUUAUUAGCUACAGAUUUGACUGCAUCUGAAACAGCUUGCUUGAUUAAGCCAUUUCCAUUUAACUGGGAAAGGAUAGCGCUUAAUUGA